CUUUUGAAUUCCUCCAUUUUCAUUUGGGCGGUACUGUUUCGAAAGGGGGCAGAGAGGUGAGCGGCGGAGGAGGGGAAACGCUCGAGCGGCGGAGGCGGUCGAGCGGCGGCGGCGAGGUCCCUCUCACCUCGGACCUGAUUGCUCCCCUGGUUUGGUUCAACGGGGAGGCUGCGGAAAGCAUCUCACAAGGAAGUACCUCUAGUCUCUUCUCUUGAGAGUGAUGGUUCUCUAAAUGAUCCUUUUGUUCCUAAUGAUUUUGUAGCCGAUGGUUCUCAUCCUAUGUCCUUGGAAAUAUCUAGUGAUGAUGGAGGGCUUGACAAAGCUCUCUUUGACUUCUAUAUGGAUCAUAAAAUGAAAUGUUUGAAGAGGAAGUUAUCAAGUGUUGGAAGAAGAAAUGUGGAACUUCUCAAUGUCUUCUUCAUCGAGAAAGGCAUUGUCUUUGUGUUCUUCACGUUUGUGUCCCAGGGGUUUGGUUCUGUUGCUUGUUCUUUAGUUGCUAUGUCUUGAUGCAUUUGUUGCAAUGUCUGCACAGAGAAGUUCUGCGCCGGUGUUGUCGUAUGUGUCUUUCCCGGACACUUCCUCUCUUUUUUGAUAUGUGUUCACAGUCAACUUCAUGUAAUAAUCAAAAUUGGGAGCAUACUGGGAGCAAAAUGGAGUUUUUAGAAGAUUUGCUGACAUGUGGAUCCUUUCUUAGAUGUUCUUCCUGUAGAGUCCAGCAAUUAGUGGCAGAUCCCCCCUCUGUGUUCUCUCCAGGUGUGGUCCAGGAAAGCUGCUAGGAGAGAUCGGCUAGAGGUUUAGUACACAACCGGGUCUUUCCAGCCCGACCCGUUUUCGUGGAAACGAAUACAUUCUUUUUAUCGGUAGCUUUCUACAAUUACAGGUGUCAUCGGGACAGUGGUCAGAAAAUUUGAAUGAUACCCAAUUGAAAAUCAGUCAAAUGCAAAAUAGACAGUCCAAACCAUAUAUGUGAAGGUCUCCUGGUUAUAUGGAGAAUUUACUAUAUUAGUUUUGCUCCUCCUAGUUAAUUAGUUUUUUCAAGUCUGUUCGUGUCCUUGUGAGUUACGGGCUUAGCCCAGGUUGCCUGCGUGCACCUAUAUAAAUAAAGGCCGUGUGGCCAUGCGAAGAGGAGGUUUUUAGUUUUGAAGGAAAUACUCAGAAAACGCAUCUGAUAGAUGCGCCAUAUCUGUGCUCUUGCGUCCCUUAUUAGGGUUUGAUAUUGCAUCGUGUUUCGGCGGCGUUGAUCGUCAAGACA